AUGAGGUACUUAGCAUCCGGAAAUACAUUCACGGACCUCCAUUAUAGUUUCAGAAUUGGAAUAAAAACAAUUAGUAGGAUUGUGCGGGAAGUCUGCUCGAAUAUAUGGCUGUUAUUACAUAAAGAAUAUAUGGCAAUUCCAGACGUCAGUACAUGGCAGAAUAUAGCAUAUGCAUUCGAGAAAACGGCAAAUUUUCCGAACUGUAUAGGGGCCGUUGACAGCAAACACAUUAGACUUAUCAAACCAGAAGACAGUGGGUCGAUGUAUUUUAACUACAAGGGAUAUUGUUCAAUAGUCCUGAUGGUAAUAGCUGAUUCAAAUUAUAAUUUCAUUUACGUAGAUGUGGGAGCGUAUGGAAAAGACUGCGAUUCAAGUGUGUCUAAAGAAUCAUCGUUCUGGAAAAAACUGCAAGAAAAUGCACUAGACAUACCAACUCCUAGGCAGCUUUCAAAUACCGAUGUACAGGCUCCUUAUGUACUAGUAGGCGAUGAAGCUUUUGCAUUGCAUAUGAAUUUACUUCGUCCUUAUGGUGGUCGAGAACUAGACCAAACCAAGCAAAUUUUUAAUUACCCUUUAAGCAGAGCAAGACGUUUUAUCGAAUGUUCGUUUGGAAUAAUGACUAAUAAAUGGAGGAUUUUUCACCGCCCAUUGAAUGUAUCCAUUGAUCUUGCAACUGAUAUCGUUAAAGCAUGUUGCAUUCUCAAAAAUUUUAUUCGCAAAGAAGAAGGCCUAAAUAGAAAUAUAGCAGAUACGGCAAUGGAUAUAGAUUCUGAAUUAAACGAACUCACACGCUCAAAAUCGGUACGAGGCAGUUUGUCAGCGAAUGAUACUAGAACGAAGUUCGCUAGCUACUUUGUUUCCGAAGCUGGACAAAUUCCUUGGAAAAAUAAAUUUGCUUAA